UCGGCGUUCGGUGUGCACGCGCUACGCAUGUCGCAUGUUGAAGUUCAGUAUAACAUCGUUAGACCUGUGCGUAGGACGAACGUAGGACAAAAAUGUGAACAAAUCUAAAAAAAAAAAAGCAAAGAAAAACGAUUAUAAUAUCGUGAAUAUUUUUCAAAUUUUUUGUUCGCUCAGCCGUGUACUAUCGGCGUCUUGUCAAUACCAUGAAAUAGCGCGUGCCACCCCGUGUUUGCGGUGCACAUAAUACGUAUUAUUGUUAUAUUGUUUCCUAAAUAAUAUUGUAAAAUGUCUGGUUAGUGAAACGUUAUUUAUUUGUCUUGUUGAGAGUUAAGCGAUUGAUUGAUGCAGUAUAGUGAAACUAUGUUUUUAGGCCGCAAUAAUAGGAGACCACCGCUGAAAGUUCAGAUACCCGAUGGGCCGGUUGUUGUUAAUCUGCCUCGAAACCUGGACAAGCGCACCACUAUCACGAUUGGUGACCAAGAAACCACAGUUGAGGCGAGCGACCUACAGAAAAUUUGUGAUCUCGGACGUGGUGCCUAUGGUAUUGUGGAAAAAAUGCGACACAUACCUUCUGGCACGAUCAUGGCGGUCAAGAGGAUAGCAGCUACAGUAAACACCCAAGAGCAGAAACGACUAUUAAUGGAUCUAGAUAUAUCCAUGCGGUCGUCAGCUUGUCCACAUACAGUGCAGUUUUAUGGGGCACUAUUUAUGGAGGGUGAUGUAUGGAUAUGCAUGGAAGUAAUGGACACUUCACUGGACAAGUUCUAUGCUAAAGUGUAUAAGUUUGGACGAAAGAUUCCUGAACAAAUUCUUGGUCCUAUCACUGUAGCGGUUGUUAGUGCUCUUCACUAUCUACAUUCUCAAUUGAAAGUUAUACAUCGUGAUGUCAAACCAUCAAACAUUUUAAUUAAUCGUAAUGGCAAUGUAAAAAUGUGCGAUUUUGGUAUAUCUGGAUAUCUUGUUGAUUCUGUGGCCAAGACUAUUGAUGCAGGAUGUAAACCAUACAUGGCGCCUGAACGGAUAGAUCCCACCGGAAAUCCAUCAAAUUAUGAUAUACGAAGUGAUAUAUGGAGCUUAGGAAUAUCUCUUGUAGAACUUGCCACUGGUAAGUUUCCAUAUGAUACGUGGGGUACUCCUUUUGAGCAGCUCAAACAAGUGGUAAAAGAUGAACCACCUAGGCUGUCUACUGGUAUGUUCACAUCAUACUUUGAGGAUUUCAUUUGUCAAUGUUUACAGAAAGAUUUUCGGAGCCGACCAAAUUACUCCCAAUUACUUGCCCAUCCAUUUUGUCUUGCUCACCAACAACCGCAAACAGCUUUAGUCGCAUCAUUUGUGUCUGAAAUUUUAGACUUGCCUGAUUUGCCUGUGUCAGGCUAAAUUAUCAGCAAUUAAUUCACUAACAAUAAUAUAUUUAUAACAAUAUUAGUAAUAUUGUGUAUAAACUAUAAUUCAAUUUAAGUUUAUUUUGCAUAAUAAUUACAAUAUUAUUAACAUCUUUUAUAUUGGUAGAUUUAUUUUUACCAAUAAGUCAUAAGAAAUAAUAUAAUUUCGAAAAUAGUUUACUAAAGUAUUUUUAAUUAUUAUUUGUAUGAUAUUAGUUGUAACGAAUGAUUUGUGUUUUAGAAGAUCUUGGUUUAUAGAUUUUUGUUUCUCGUAUUUUUUUUUUAUAUAAUUGCAUCAAUUCUUAAAAUGUAAGGAUUACCCGACUAAUAUUUUUAGUACUUAGCACAUUGCUAUCUAACUGUUAGUUUUGUUUGUAUGUUCCAUAGUAUUUUCAUGUGAUAAUGUUAAAAAAGCGAAUCAAAAAUCUGUACCUGUUUAUAUUUUACCAUAUUAGUGCAAUAUAUCUGCUCUCGCAUAUUAUAUCUUUGAA